CAGCCAAGCUUUCAAUGGGGAUUUGUCAGGUUUCGUCCCAGCUCCCCGCACAGCGCAGCUAUGUAUACUGCCGUGGGUACUCAACGGCGGAGUAUGGUCGGAGAUCAGCCUUACAAGCAGGUGGGAAAUCAUUAAAAACCCUUCAGCCUCCUUCAUUCGCAUACGCAGUGUGGCAGCAGCAGCAGUUUGCAUCGAUUACCAUCAUCAUCCAUUCUAUAUCAUCCCUUCCGAGCACUGAGAAUCUCGAAGUCGAAAAAGAGCUCUGUGGCCUAAAUACGCCAUGGGGAACUUUCAGACGGUCUUGUCGUCACUUUUUUGGAUCGGCAUUGCUGUCACCAUACAGUACAUGAUCCGAGGACCUCUCCCGAUACUCCUCGAUAUCAUAUCCAAUAAGAUGCCAGACAUUCUGUCCUCGCUUCCUCCCUCGCCGGGGUGGGCUCCCUUUUGGCGCAGCUUGUUCCGCGCAGCUCCGCCAGCAUUCAGUGUCUGGUUCUGCGUCCGGAUGUCUGGGCUUAGCUACAGCAUAGUCAUCGCACUGAUGGGGUACGCAUCGAUUGGGGCUGUCGAUAUAGUUGGUAUAGUGUGGAAGGGUUACGAGAAUGGAUGGACAGAACUCCUGGUGACGGAAUGUCUAGGGCAGACUAUUGUUGUGUCCAUGUAUAUGGCUGCUAUCUUUUAUGUUCUUUCCUUCAGACCUAGACGGUCAGGUUACGAGGUAGAGGCUGGUCCAACUGAGAAGGCGUGAUCGAUGUCUGUUGGAUGACUUGCUCUUGGAUACGGUUCUGCGUCCAUGUAUUAUUAGGC